AUGGAUAACUAUCAGAGAAUAGAAAAAGUCGGAGAAGGUACUUAUGGUGUUGUCUACAAAGCCCGCGAUCUCAGCCACAAUGGCCGCAUCGUCGCCCUCAAAAAGAUCCGUCUCGAGACUGAAGACGAAGGCGUUCCCAGCACCGCCAUCCGCGAGAUUUCCGUCCUGAGAGAACUUAACCACCCAAACGUCGUCAGCCUCCUGAAUAUUGUUCACGCCGACGGCCACAAGCUCUACCUCGUCAUGGAAUUCCUCGACCUUGAUCUUAAAAAGUACAUGGACUCGCUCCCCGUCACAGACGGCGGCCGUGGAAAGCCUCUGCCCACAGGGACUGCCACUACCGUGCGAAACUUGGGAAUGGAUGAGAAGGUGGUGCAGAAGUUUAUGCUGGAUCUGGUCCAGGGCAUCAAAUAUUGUCACUCGCGUCGCAUAUUGCAUCGCGACUUGAAGCCGCAGAACUUGCUCAUCGAUAAGGACGGAAAUCUCAAACUAGCCGAUUUUGGCUUGGCGAGAGCAUUUGGUGUUCCUCUGAGGAGUUAUACUCAUGAAGUUGUUACGCUGUGGUAUCGCGCCCCCGAGGUCUUGCUUGGUGGAAGGCAGUAUUCAACUGGUGUUGAUAUGUGGUCUGUCGGUACCAUCUUCGCUGAGAUGUGCUCCAAAAAGCCCCUUUUCCCUGGUGAUUCAGAAAUUGAUGAGAUCUUCAAAAUAUUCCGGACCCUCGGAACACCCGAUGAGGACGCCUGGCCUGGUGUCACCACUUACCCAGAUUUUAAGCCAUCUUUCCCCAAGUGGCAGCGAGAUUUCUCUACUCCCCUUUGCCCGAACCUGGAUGAGGCUGGUCUCGAGCUCCUUGACUACAUGCUCAUCUGCGAUCCUGUAACUCGCAUUUCUGCCAAGGCGGCUCUGAACCACCCUUAUUUUGAUGAGAUUCUGCGCAUCGCUGACAAGUAG